CAUCGUUCAUUCAUUGCUCUCGAGCCCAAACACCCAUUGAAAACUGCUUCAGCGUGCCAUUUUGCUGAUAGGCUAGGUAUCAGAGUUUAUGCGUCCUCGAAGUUGUCAAGCCCGUCACCAGUAGAUCACGGGUGAUUACCUGCCACAUGUCUGUGCGAACGUGACAGAGCCUCUUCACUAUGUUCCGAACGCAAGCAGCUAUGAUAUGAGGGAAGCCUUUAAUUCAGUUAUUUCAGACACUCCUUUCCCCAAGGCCAGCUGUGCUGCAAGCUCUUCUCACAAUAUCCUUUUAUCGGACCGUUCACACAUCGCGAAAACAAGCCCAACAUGGCCCCAAGUUUAGUUGAAUGUCCUUUUUGCUCCGCAGCAUUCUCUCAAGAUGAUGUGUAUUGGCUGCAACUACAUAUCGAAGAGAGUCACACACCAGACUCUGCUUUUAGGAUCGCUCCUGAAGAUGAUGCUGAUUCCGCUUCUGCUUCAACCACCUUUCAAGUCUCAGGCGCACUUGCUGAUUGCGAUGAUGAUGAUCACACUUUCGUGGACUGUCCCGAAUGUGGAGAGUACGUCCUGCUUGACGACUACAAUGACCAUUUGGACCUGCACGACGUGGAAAAGCACAACACUUACUUACCAUCAUCUUCAUCGACUUCAUCCACUACACGCUCCAAACAUCAUGAUAUGCGCUCAAACCCCUCAUUACUAAACGAGAAUAUUUCCAUGAACAUAUCCGGGCAACUGCCAAGUCAGAAACGAAGACAUUCUAGUUCGGGUUCAAGAUCCAGCCUAUCUCGGAGUGUCUUAACUUGUACCCCUUCUACCACGAGCAAGGCUCGCAUUUCAAAGAGAAUCAAAAGUGCUCGGCUGGGUAAGAAGGAGCUCGGCCCUUACGCCUGGGAAGAUAGAAUGCCGGCUUGGCUGGAAAAGAAACUUGCCGAUGGGCCCAAAAUAUCCAUCGUCAACCGGAUCGGUGGAGACGGCCGAUUGAUAAAGCAAGAGGUUGUCGAGAAUGAGACGCCAGGAAUUCCCUCGAUUCUUGCGCAGCUGUCGCACGUGGAUCGAUCCGUCCGCAAAGCGUAUUACUGCCAUCCGAGUACUGUGCAUAUUUGUCACACCCCUAAAGAAGGGGGCUUUUGUGGGUACCGAAAUCUUCAAAUGUUGAUCUCGUACAUCCAAGGUGCCAGAGCUCAAGGCCAUACUGAAUUUCCAGGCCGUACACCAACCAUUCUAGCCCUUCAAGAUAUAAUUGAAGAUGCUUGGGACAAAGGUAUCAACGAAGUUGCCAGAGUCCAGACCGGUGGUAUCAGGAAAACCCGAAAGUGGAUCGGCACACCGGAGGCUCAAUCCGUCCUUGUCAACCUCCAGAUAGAUAGUGGCGUACAAGUCUUCUCAGAUGGUCAGCGAGGCUCAGCGCUCGAUCAGCUUCUAAUCUUUGUUGAGAGCUAUUUCCAACAAUUUGUCACGGACGCCGAUCAAAAGGUCCAUAGAACCCUUGCACCGCCAAUAUACUUCCAGCAUCCAGGGCACUCGCUUACUAUUGUUGGAUUUGAACGUCGAAAGGACGGCUCCUGUAAUCUCGUCGUAUUUGAUCCUAUGUUCAGAACUUCGCCUUCGAUGCACAGACUACUCGGGCGUCAAAACAUUGCAUCACCAAGGCCAGAGGUCAUGGACGCAUAUCGUCGCGACGCAAGAAAGCUCCGCAAACAUCGCGACUUCGAGAUUCUCAUGUUGACCGCCGCGCCGCCUCAGUUUCCAGCUUGGGCUAUAAUGGCGCAAUUCCCGGCGCACAGAUUUGUGUACGUCUUCCUGCGCUUCUCAUCAGUGAGCAACCACGGCGGCCCCGGCUACGACGUCUAUCCCGAACACCAUUUCCUCUCUGCUUUUCCAUGGCAGAGCUUCGGGUCUCUUUUUAUGACAGACGAAGGACGUUUCGCUCGCGUUCCACCGCCUCUCUCUCCAUACUUGCAAAUGUUAAUGCGAUGCCAAUUUCGCGGAACACCUCCGCCGGUUCCCGAGACUGUGCAACAAUUACUCAGUUAUCAAGACGUCGCUAAACCCGAAGAGUGUGGAUUGCUUCCUGUAAAGAUGCUGACUGAAUCGGAGAUGGAGGAGGUCUUGUUCUGGCAAGGCUGUGGCACUCCAUCCUGCACAUUUGGAUGUGGUAAAGAGAGGGCGGGUGAGAUUGAAGCUGCGAGGAAAUUGUUUCGUCCUGAGGAGAUUGUCACAUGA